UUUGCUGUGCUACUUGCUGAUUGUCAAAAGUUACAAACAAUCCCGUUUUGUACUUUUCGCUCGUUAGUUAUUCGUAAAUAAAUAAUCGACAUUAGAUAAAUAAUGAUUAAUUAAAUAGAAAGUAACGUUGUUAAUAUAAGUGUAGUGCUAAGGAAUACGUGAAUACAUUAAUUUGUAAACACAAUUGAACAAAAUGACGAACCUUGAUGUAAGUAACAGUAGUACUGACAGUAGUUCAGGGUCUUCCUCAGACUCAAGUAGUAGUGGAAGUACCUCCACAAGUUCAGGGUCUGCCUCCAGCAGUUCAGAUUCAGAUUCUUCAACUUCGGACACCCCGGCAACCACCACAACAAACACAACUCCUGCACCAAAAUCCCCAAUUAAAAUAGAAGAGGUAAAAAAGAAAGAAGAACCAAAACCGAGAAGGCCUUCAAAAGCAAAAAUAUCUUCAUCCAGUGAUGAUGAACCACCUAAACCGGCAAGUCCAAAAGCCGCUCCACCCAGGAGACGAAUUUCAGCUAAACCAAAACAAGCUGCUGCAGUAUUAGCUAAAGGAAAGACUGCUCAAAGAAUGUCCUCUGGAGCUAAAACUCCUAAACCAAUACCGAAAACAAUACAAAAAGCUCCACCGAAGGCUGAUACAGGAGCAUUAAAGAAAAAGAGCAUUUUCUCACCAGACAACAGUUCGGAGUCAGAAUCUGAGAGCAAAUCUUCUACAACUAAAAGCCCCAAAGCUUCACCAAGGCCUAAACGUAGUUCUAGAAAGUCUAGCGAUGAGAAAGAUACAUCACCACCCACUACUCGGAACAAUAGUGCGGAUAACGAUGACUCUAAUUCAAAAUCGGACUCAAAUAGUAAGCGUAAAAGUGUGAAUAGAUCAAGUGGGCCUCCCCCUAAGAAAAGUGACAAGAGUGCGUCAUCAUGUAGCUCCAGUCAAUCUUCCGCUGAAUCUAUUUCAUCGGACAGUGACAGUGAACCGACACCGAAAAAAGAACCGUUAAAGACUGGGAAGACAAAACCUCCAGCUACUAAGGAGAUAAGAGACCAGGCAGCAAAAAGUGGUGAUUCCGGUGAUUCAGCAGUGGCCACUAUGCCGAGAAAGUUGACGAGGUCACUUUCAGCAAGAGUGUCGAGGUUGGCUACGGUGUCACGAAGGACGAAUAACACGGAUACUGACUCCGAUGAAGAGAAGAGCAAUGAUAAAACAAGCAACAGCACAAGCAACAGUACCAGCAAUAGUACGAGCAAUAGCACCAACAGUAGCACUAUGAAGAAGAACAUACGAGGCCGGGGCCCUCCGAUCAGGUCGCCAGUGGUACCCCCAACCCCACAGGAGCCCGCCAGGCAACGCUGUCCUGUACGCGGCUGUGACUCUAGCGGACAUUUGGGCGGUAAGUCAGCGAAGCACAUGACGUACGACGCGUGUCCGCGGUACCACAACGUGACGGCGGCGUGGUGCGUGGCGGCGGGCGAGGAGCGCGCCGCGGCCGCCGCCGCCCGCCGCAAGGCCACCAUGCUGCUGCAGGCCCGCCCCCGCGCCAUGCCCACGCUCGAACAGCGCGCCUACCAACUCAAAGUCAAGGAUAUGCGUUCUAAAUGGAAAGGCAGCCAAGAGUUACGAGAGAAACUAGCCGCAUCAGGUAAUGAAGAGAUCACGGAAGACAGAGAGCCAAUACUUGAAGGAUUUGCCCCAGACUACGAUCUGAGGCUCUUCAGAGAAGCACAGGCCUUAGCUGCCAUUAAAAUUGAAGAAGAACUCGGUGAUAUACCUACUGAUAAGGGCACAAGAUACGUGGUGAUGGGCAAGUACAUGAUGGAGGUAUGGUACCAGUCGCCGUACCCUGGCGACGCGGCGCGGGUGCCGCGGCUGUUCGUGUGCGAGUUCUGCCUCAACCACCACAAGAGCGCCACGGGCGCGCAGCGACACAAGGUCAAGUGCGUCUGGAGACAUCCGCCCGGGGACGAGAUAUACAGAAAAGACAACCUAAGCGUGUGGCAGGUGGACGGUCGCAAGCACAAGCAGUACUGCCAGCAGCUCUGCCUGCUGGCCAAGUUCUUCCUCGACCACAAGACGUUGUACUACGACGUCGAACCAUUCCUGUUCUACGUCAUGACCAACGCAGACCACGAGGGAUGCCAUAUCGUCGGGUAUUUUAGUAAGGAGAAGAACUCGUUCCUAAACUACAACGUGUCGUGUAUUCUGACGCUGCCACCCUACCAGAGGCAGGGCUACGGCAGACUGCUCAUAGACUUCAGUUACCUCCUAACAAAAGAAGAAGGCAAGGUUGGAUCUCCAGAGACACCACUAUCAGAUCUUGGUCUGAUCUCCUAUCGCUCCUACUGGAAGGAAGCUCUCCUCAAGAGACUGUGUUCAGCCCCAGGACCCACGCUAUGUAUCAGAGAUCUUAGUAAGGACCUGGCUAUUGCAUCCUCGGAUAUUGUUUCUACGCUACAGGAGAGAGGGCUCAUGAAGUACUGGAAGGGCAAGCAUAUUGUGCUGAAGAAACAGGAGGUACUAGAAGAAGUGUCCCGUCGCGCGGCGCGUGCGCGCUGCGUGGACCCGGCGUGCCUGCGGUGGUGGGGCGGCGGGCCGGCGCCGGCGCGCUGACGCCGCGCCCCCGCCGCGCGCCGCCCCAACAGCAGCGCCGCGCGCGCACUGCUCUAGUGCCGCUCCAAACACAAAGCGGUGCAAGGGCUAAGCUAUGGGACAACAUCGCUACACUCGCGAUAUGUGACAACUGUGACGAGACGUCACACCGACCGGCCCUUCGCUUCAGAAGCGCAUCACAAUUACGUGUCGUUUUCACACAUUACCAUCAUCGUGUUCGACUUCCAAAAUAUUUAUUCAAUGAAAUUAUUUCCAAAAUUAUGUAAAUUUUAUUUAAUAGUCUAAUGGCUCUGAGUGAUAAAUUGUAUAAGCGAUAUUUGUUGAAAUUUGUACCUUUUUACUAUUGUAUUUGUGUCUAAAAUUAAUUAUUAUUUAGUUUUAUAUUAUUGUUAUUGAGGCUCGGUUUCACAAUCCAAAUUUAAUGUAAAAAAUUGAAUGAAAUUCGUGUGUAA